AUAUCCUCUUUGGCCUCUUUGGCAGGUGUUGCAUUUUAUUGUACUCAAAUCAUACUUUAUGUACUGUACUGUACGCCCGGUUUUGCAGUUUGCUAUUGCUUUUACAUUAGAAAUUAGAACUAAACCUAUAAUUAUUGUAUUUGCUGCGUGGCAGGGUUUAAAUAACUUCAGUGGCACGCAUAAAUAUUCAUUGUCAAAAUGAAUAACUCUGCUGCUAAGGUUGGAGAGAUAUUUCGGGAGGCCGGUACAGCUUUUAACAAGCUUUCUGAAAUGACUAUGCUGUUGCAUCCUGUUGGUGACUCGCAGCCCGGAGGCAAAUGGACAGACGAGGAGAUAGAAAUGCUCAGGUCUUGUGUACACCGUUUUGCUGUGGACCUCAACAAGCUUAGCCAGCAUAUAAAAAAUCGGACUGUAACACAAAUCCGUACUACUUUAAAGAAGAAGGCUUUUGAAGAUGCAGGUAUACCUGUAAGGCAGGUAAGCAGUACGGUGACCAGCCACAGCCAACCUCCUCAGCCGCCUCAGGUAGCCACUCAGUCUCCACUCAGAGCCCUCAACCAACAGACGGUGUUAGGAAAAAACGCAGAGGUGACGCUGAAUAUGCUUAACGCCUCUGAGAAUGAGGUGGACGUGGAGGGCCUCGGCAGCGACGUCAAGCUGGAGUUCGAGGCCAGCACCGAGGAGGUGGCCACCUGAAACAUGUUUGGCUUUUCCUUCUAUUAAGCAGGAAGGCUUCAAAACGCACCCCUAUAUAAAGACUUAGCGCGUAUACAAGACAACUUUUAGUGCCAAUCGCGUGAGUGUGCUUCGUUCUGACUUCAAACCUUUAUUGAUAAUUCAGAUAUUGUCUAUUUACUAGCGGCUCCGUAGCUAAUAACGUAAUAUUCUUUACAGUACAUAUGGUGCUACUUUAUAGCACUAGUGCGAAAAUUAGCAUAUUACGUUACUGUGUCGAACAUUUAAAGGGCCAUAUGUACUGUAAAACGUUGUACGAUACAUGUGCGAAUAGGCAAUUCGCAGCUCGUGUCGAUUUAUCUCCAUCCAUCUCAUAAUCUCCCUAUAAUAUAUUCAGACACAAUAAGCUAAGGGCUUAUAUUAACAAAUAUGUAUGUAUCUGCAUCGGCUGCAUCGUAAGAUUCACUUUAAUAUAGGGACCGUGCGCGUUGGAGGGUCUGCCAUCUUGUGGCCUGAAUCGGAACCAUAAACGUGCACAUGUACACGUCGCGUGUUUUCUUGUGCAUAGUAGGUUCUGCCAUCUUGUGCGCUACGGUUUAUGCGUCGUUGGACUAAAAGUAAAUAUGGCGAUGUAUAAAAAUGUCUACUUGCAUAAGUUCGUGCGUAUAUAAUUUCGACGAAGUAUAAAAAUGUGCAUCUGUACAUUAGACCAAAUAUAAAUAUGUUGCGGCACAUACUACAUACAUACAUUUGUAUACUUUGAAAGUAGUCAUUUUUAUAUUCCGACUUGAUAAGACUUAAACAUUUUGAAGUAUUGGCUUUCUAAUACUCGGACCAAUUUUUAUUUUAUAUGUAGACAUUUUUAUACAUAGCCAUAUUUACUUUUAGUCCAACGACGCAUAAACCUGCGCUACAUCGGAACAAACAACAUCACAUUUACGCCUCGCGCCUAAAAUCUGACGGCUCCUGUGCUGCCUCCUACAGUUCAUGCACGCUCCCUAUAUCGAUAACCGAUACCUUAAUUAUAUUCAAAUUUAGAACAUCUCUGAGAAACAAAGAAAUUUGGUUUGACCUCUAUUCUAAUAUCAGUCGAGAUGACGUUUUAUUCAUAAUGAAGUGUCAGUUGUUGCAAACAAAUUUGACAAAUCUCGCAUGUUACUUGAUAUUGAACGAUAUGGCAGUAGGCCCCCGACUCAAGUUUGUCUUUGAAUAAAAAAAAAACAAUGGAUGUGAGACAUGCACGAAAAAGUUUGGAAAGUCUUUUUAUUAGUUUGUAAGUAUAAAAUUAUUUGAUGAUAUAGAUGUAGAUAAAGCAGCGUAUGUAACUGUAUAUAAUUACUAUAAUUAGGCAUUAUAAAAUAACAAAAGUAAUGUUCAGCGUAAAAUAUGAUUCGGUUUGUGACAUUUUUAUAUCUUUUUAGAGUGUUUGAACACAAAGGCCAGAAUCUCUAGAACAGUCCUGAAAUUUGUUAUGUUUCUUUAAUAAUAGGUCCUAUUUUCGUUUCCAGACCAUCGGAUAUCAGCGCAUCUCGGAAAACGCGUUUCAUUCUUUAGAAAUUUGAUUGUGCACUGUCGAUAAAAAUAGUCCUGAUGUCCAAUGCUGGUUUGCUAUUGCCUUUUUAAAAGAUUAUGUGUUAAAGUAUACGAAUAUGGACGCUACAAUUUAGAAGUCCACGUUGUCCAGGUUGUCUUAAUUGCUCACUGAACUCAUUGUAAAUAUUAUACAGCGUAUAUCUAGGGGGCGUGCGUUAGAUACCAAAAGACUGCUUCAGUGUUAGUUUGUAGGUAAUUAAAUAAUAUGGUGUGCGUUAAUAUCGGGUGUCGUGAAAUUCUAAGGCACAAAAAAGUGAAAGUGCACCAUGGGAAUAUAAGUUAUGUGGAAGAGUCAGCUGUGAGAGAAUCAGGAUCUCUGCAGGCUACAAGAAACGGAACUGGUUUAUGGACUUUCUGAAGAACCGGUAAUUGUACAGGUACAGUCAGCAUCAAAUAAAUAGUUUUCGGCCAAAGUGCCCAAUUAUACGGAAUCCAUGCUUAUGACUAUGGUAACAAGGUGUGUUAUAGAUACUAUUUAGCCACUUUGGUCGUCACUAUUUAAUUGAGGCUGAUUGUACUAACUUCACGUACAGUUUGUGUCAAUGAGGAAAAUGCAUGUAACUAUUUAGCGAUUUCUGAAAAGGAACAUGCUAUUUGUAUUUUGUACCUUCGUUGAAAUGCAUGAAACAAAAUGUUAUUGUUCCUUAAAUGUCCGUUAAAUAAUGCAUCCAAUUAUCUAUUCAUAGAUUAAUGUCUUAGAAUUAAGUUAAUCAUAGUUAUGAUAAACAGGAUUUGCCAUAAUAUCAUCACACUUCAUCUGCAAAUUCUGAAAAAGGAAAUGGCCUGAAGUAUUCAUUUGAUGUGUUGGUGUAUCGCUACUCAAAACAUGUGUAAUUGUAUGACUUGUGAAAAAGAUACAAAACUAGUACCGUAAAACUACCCAACUAUAGUCCAAUACUGCAACUAUGGUCCACAAGUUCAAAAGAAAAUUAAAUAUCUAUACAAAUGUUCCUUUUGGUUUACUCCUAGUUUUACCUUCCAUUUAUAAACAUACUUUGCCUUAGAACUACAAAAAUAAAGUAAAAUACACACGUGAACGAGAAAAAUUGAGUUUAUUUGUGGACCAUAGUUGGGAGCUUUGGACUAUAGUUGGGUGGUUUUACGGUAACCUGGUUUGACCUUCGAAUAUACUCCAUUCCAGAUAACAUUAAACUCUAGAAGAUGACAAGAUCAGGCUUUCUAAAUCUGUUCUGUUAAGUUGUAGGUAAUAUUAUUUUAUAGGCAUGGAGUAUCUUUGCUCAUUACAGUCAUUACAAUAAUAUAUAUGUUAAUCAAAUAAAACAAAAAUAAAAUGCAAUCAUGACAUAA